UCCUCUAUAGUGCAAGAGAGGAUUGAAAUUGAACAGAAUAUGGAAAGAUAAUGAAAAUAAAAUGUCCAGACACGUUGUGACCCUUGCAAAAUGGCUUCCUCUGAAUAUUUGCACAAAAAACGAACUAUUCGAAGGAUGCGAGGAACUAGAAAAUGAUGCAUCAAAUUUGCUACAUAGAAUAAGCAAUCUUUCACAAAAUAUUCAAUUCAAGAGUCAUUCCAAAAUGAUGCAACAUUUAAUUGAACACGAUUUGGAUUUUCAAGAAUUAGAAGAUAUUUGUGAUAAAAUGGAUGUUAUUAUGAACAAAUAUAAUGAUAUUAUUCCCCAACUAAAUGGAAAUCAAGAAAGUUUUAUACAAGAAAAGAUGCAUAUUUGGAAGAAUAUAUUGUGGAAAUUGAAACUUAAGAUAUGUUAUAAUAUUCAACAAGUGAUUAUAGAAACUGGACAUCUGUUCGUUUAUUUUGGUAACAAAAUUCUGGAAUUGGUAAUGAGACUUAGCAAAGUUUACAACACACUCUUAUCGAUAGACCAGAAGUAUACAAUGAAGGAUAAUGUCAGUAUCUGCAGUAAUACAUGUCCCAAAUUGAUGUUUCCACUCAAAAAAAUGUCUGUUACCAGGCUGUUACAAGUUCUUGCCAUCAACAGGGCGGAAAUAUGUUGCCACAAAUUGAUUGAUUGCCUUCUAGAAACUUACAAGAAUUUCGAUUGUUCGGCUGAAGAGGACGACGAGAGCGAUAAUUCAAGCAUUGAAAUAUACAGAGCUUUGACUAAACAUAUGUCACUUCCCGAAAAUGACGAUGAUGAUGAAAAUAAACAUGAAAAGUUAGUGAACCGGUGGAGUGACAAUGAAUCGUUCCUGAAUAUGGAAAAACUUUUAUCAUACGAGGAGAAAAACGUAGAGGAUCUACUAGAAACUGCUGCAAAUAUUGCUCCAGCAAUGCUAGGCUCAGAAGCAAUCAAAAAGUCAAAAACAUCAGGUACAUCCAGAAUUAAUAAGAAAGCGAAAAUUAAGGUCUUAGAGUAUUAUGAAGAAAUUUUGUGGGGUGAAGUAGCAAAUUAUUUGGAGCAUAUAGUUUUGUGGUGGGUCCCAAGUCCACUGGCCUUAAGAGUUCCUCAUUCAAGUCAACAUCUGAGAGAUUGGAUUCUACAGUUCAUACCAACUGCUGAUAUACCUCCAGUGAUAUCAUCUGCACUUACAAGCCUAGCCGAUGCCUUAGGAGUCCACGUGACUUCAACAUCUUGGGAUCAACAUUUCAGAUUGACCUUGGUAGCUUCUCUAGGGAAAAAUAAUUUGAGUACUGGUCCAUUGAUGAAGGAUACUCUGGAAGACCUUGUAAAUCUGUGCAAUCAAUGUGAAGCCACACCAGACUGGAUUGUUGGUGCGCCCCUUGAAGAACUACCAAUAGUUGAACAAAUUCCCGUCCUACAUAGGUUAGAUCAUUCUGUCCAUACAAUCAGGUUGUGGGCCAUCAACGAAAGUAAAAAAUACGCUCAUAGCUGGAAUGUUGCAGCAUUUUUCAAAAUAGUCUGUAAAGACAUUGCCGCAUGUCUUUCACAGUUGGACAUUUUGAAAUUGCAAGACCACAGUGCCACUGUUGAAAAGGGUGGUCUUGGAGAACACGUGAGGGUUUGUACUUUGAUGAGAGCUAAAUUGGUUUCAGAAGUGGCAGAGAAUGUUAAAAAGCUGAAGCAAACAAGAGCAGAAUGUAUUGAAACCCUGGCGUCUAUCUGUAGAAUAAUCUGUUUAGCCAUCUUAAAAAUGAUAUUUCCUCCUCCAUCUUACUGGAAGAAUGGAAAGACAGUACCAUCGGUAUCGAGCAAAUAUGUGGAUAAAUAUCUUAACAGGAUAAUGCUUCCUGUUCUGGCUUCUUCGGAAGAUCAUCUAGUCACAAAUAUGAUACUGAAACUGAUUUGUGAAUCAUGGCUGGAUCACAUAUACAUGACCAAGAUCAAAUUUUCACAUGAUGGGGCUAUACAGCUACUUUUAGACUUUGCCCACAUCAAAAAUUGGAUUGGGAGCUGUGCUAUUAUCGAUAACAAGAUGAAGAAGAAGAUGAUGAAAAACGAAAUUCUUCGCAGGUGUGAAGGAGUUGGGAAGCUGUUGCUUAGAAGACCUGGAGAACCCAUAAAAAUGAACGAUAAAAAAAAGGAACAGAAUCCACCAGAAAGCUCAGAUUCAGAAAAAAAUGUAAUGAUGCCACCAGAAAUGUAUGUUCCAAACCAAGAGCAGUGGUUAGAAUUGAGAGCAAUGAAGAAAAACAUAUUUUUGCCGAAACUAUGUUGCGAAUGAUUAUCCGAUUCAUUAUCUUCCUACUAUUGUCAAUUAUGUUCUCCUCGAUGUUCUCAGAGUUGAUAUUAUCAAUCACUGUUUAAUUUAAAUCUCAUUGAAUUAUUCCUUAAGCACAUUGUUACUUAAAAAUAUCAAUUAUAUAUAGUUUAAACUACAAUACAUUAUUACAUUAAUUAAUAAUACGUUAAACCUAAUAAAAUGAACCAUAUUCUAUU